ACAAUCCUGGUCGGAGACAGCGGAGUGGGGAAGACGUCUCUGUUGGUGCAGUUCGAUCAAGGAAAGUUCAUCCCCGGCUCCUUCUCUGCUACAGUGGGCAUUGGAUUCACGAAUAAAGUGGUGACUGUUGACGACGUAAAGGUCAAACUACAGAUUUGGGACACGGCGGGACAGGAAAGGUUCAGAAGUGUGACACAUGCUUAUUACAGAGAUGCACAUGCUUUGCUCCUCCUGUAUGACAUCACCAGCAAAACCUCCUUUGACAACAUUCGGGCAUGGUUAACAGAAGUCCAUGAGUAUGCACAGAGCGAUGUAGUCAUCAUGUUGCUGGGCAACAAGGCUGACAUGAGCAGUGACAGAGCGAUCAGGAGAGAUGAAGGAGAGAGGCUGGCCAGAGAGUAUUCAGUUCCGUUCAUGGAGACGAGUGCCAAGACUGGAGUCAACGUAGAGCUGGCCUUCACUGCUGUGGCCAAGGAACUGAAGCACCGGGCCGUGCAGCAUCCCAAUGAACCCAAGUUCCAGAUUCAUGAGUACAUUGAAGCACAGAAGGAGAAGUCCGGCUGCUGCAGCUACUUCUAAAUCUCCUCUCCUGAGUCCUCCUCCCACCGCUCUGGGUGAACAGACUGUCAGAGACACACCGAGAGCUACCGAGUGGGAGAAAAGCCCUAUUAUCUCACUGCUGCUCCCAAAAUAUGACGCUGCCAUUCCUUCAACACUAAAAGCCAAAAGUAGAUCAGUGGAGUGAGAGGAGGAGAAACUGAGCUACAGACUCACAAAACCCACAGUUUUAUUUAGCCAAGAACAGUUUACCCAAUUGUUUUCAGACUGGCAUUUAUGAUUACAGUAUGAGCAACUGAUUUGUAGUAAAAGUUUUAGAAGAUAGAAAAUGAUUGAAAUUCUAUGAGAAAAUAACCUUGUUUUAUUUGUGACAGUUAGAUGAGAAGAUCAAUACCACUCUUGUGUGUGUUAAGUAUGGUGCUGAAUUAGGAAGUGUUUAGCCUAGCUUAGCAUUUAGACUGGAGGCGGGAGGAAACAGCUAGCCUGGUUCUGUCCAAAGGUAAAAAAGAUGCUUACUAGAGAUUUAAGCCAUACUAUAUCAUACUGCUUGUUAACUUUUCUGAACAAUAACAAACACACAGCCAUUUAUGGUUCUUUUUUUGGGUUGUAAUUUAUUCAUAUAUUUUGGCCUACCCUGUUAUAUUUCAUGUUUAUGCUGUACUAUUUUUCUACUAACUACUACAUAUAGGUUUCUGCCUCUUAAAAGUUAGUUUUUCUUUGCCGCCCGUCAUGGUGGGAACUGUUGGGUCUCUGUAAAUAAUUUUAUAAGGAGUAUGGUCUAGACCUGCUCUAUUUGAAAAUUGUACUAACUUUUGUUAUAAUUUGGAGCUAUACAAAUAAAAUUUAAUUGAAUUGUAACUUCUUAAAGACUGUGCAGCCUUGGACAGGGUCUUCACUGAUGUCCCUUACAGAGCUUAUGUCGUCUGAGCUAGUUUUGUCAUUCUCACGCCCCAGUUCUGCUUUUUAAACAAUCAGAUUCAUAAAUGGCACAAAAACACGUUUCACAUCAGCAGCAGCCUCAGGUACAUCCUCAUGUCCUGCCAAUAUCAAAGAAAAUGCUGCUCUGCACUAAAUCUGACUGUUACUGUGACAGCAAGCUAUAAACAAAUGUUUCCUACAUUGUGUCUGUAUUUACUCAAAGUAACAGUGAAAUUAAUGAACUAAAUGGGGGGUAAUUAAGACCCAGGUUGCUAAAGACCUCAGGUAUGCAUUUAAGGGUUCACCUGUACACUAAAAGAAAUACAAUAUAAACACUCUGCAGCAGCUCAAAUUCAAAAACAAAACAAAUUCAAAUGUUGACCUGAUGAUGGCAUUAGAUGGAAAGUUAAGGGAUCAUGAAAGUUAUUACAAUUCGUCUUUACAAACAGGACUGUCAACACCAAAUUUAUUGACAAUCAAUCCAAAUGUUGUCAAGACUAAAAAACAGAACCGUCGACCUCAUGGUGGCGCUAGUGAUUUCAUGGUAACCCAUCCAAUUGAGCUAUUUCAGUCUGGACCAAUGUGGUAGACUGACAGACUGACCAAUAUAGCCAUACCUAGAGCUAUCUUGCUAGCAUGGCUAAAGCAACAAUUUUAUGAUUUAUGUUUCAGCUAUCGAAUGCUUAGCUCAGCAUGCUAAGCUAGACUACCCACAGCCCGACUGAACCUCCUUACUUAAUGCAGACACAUGAGAUUGAAAUUGAUCUUCUCAUCUAACUUUUAGAAAGAAAGGGAAUAUGCAUAUUUUCCAAUUUUUUUUCUUAAAGGAAUUUUUAUAAUUCAUGCUUCUUUGAACAAUAUUUUUUCUAAUAUAUCUUUGGCCAUUUGCCUUACAUAGAUCUCUGACUGGAAAUAGUUUUAUACCUACAUUUUAAUUGACCACUAAAUCCUUGCUGAUGGAAGUACAAGGAUGUUACAAACACCAAUUUUAUUGUAAAAACUACAUACAACCACACACCAUUAAUAGAAGCCAGAAGAGAACACAGCAGAGUUAUAGAAGUUGUGGAUCCACUUAGAAAAAUCAACAUUGCUACAACCUUAUGUGUCAUACAAUCUACUGACAGAUCUAGACAAAGGCCAUACACUGUGUCAUGGAUGCAAUUCAAAGCCAAGUCCGUGGACAAAAGCCCUGUUUGUUUGACUUAGUCAGACUGGUUCAUUCUUGACAAACUGCUCUCGAAGUGACUGUCAGCUGCUGCUUAACGCUCGCUGACUCAAGAAAAGCUCAGGGACACAGCUGGAGAAUAAGCUAAUGUACUCUGAGCGCCUGGCGAGGACGACUGCAAGACAACUCUAUUUCUGAACAUGCAGGAACGCAUUUAUGUGUUUUGGUCACCUGAAAUGUGUCUCUACAGGAGGAAUGCUGCAAAAGACCAAACAUAACAUAAACUUGCCAAUGAUCUGUGGUUGGAUUUCCAAUUUUAUCUUUAAUGUAGGGAACAUCUAUGUACAUACUGAAUUUGUGAGUGAGCAGAUUUUUCGAAAACAGUUUUCUGACAUGUUGGCUGCACUAAUUUUCCUCCCUAAAAAACAAUAUUUUGCUUUUAUGGCCUGAUUUUAAUGCUCAGUUGCAUGUUUGCUGGAUUGCAUGAACCAAAUCUGUGCGCAGUGCCUCCAGAAUGUAUUAAAGUUGGUUUAUAUUUGUAUCAAGAUUAACAGAAAAAUAUGAACAAAUAAUUAGCAGUUCUCUUCAGAUUUUAACUCAGCACUCAGGGUUAAAUUUUGAUUUGAAAUACGAGAUCUAGAUAUAUGUAUGUAUAUCAAAACAUUAAAGCUGCAUAAAUUGAUUCAUAAAAAGACAUUUGCCACUAGGGGGCAGCAGAACAAGUGGUUUUUGGCCACCAAAUAAAUGUAUUAUUUACUCUUUAAAGGCUAAAUGCCACGCUUUGUUUAUCAGCUAGUUGCUAACUUUGUCUGACACUUGUCGUACGGCAGGUAUGGUGAGGUUUAUCAGAAUAUUUUAACUAAGCUCAGUUUUAAAUACUUAAAGGUCCAGUGUGUAACAUUUAGGAGGAUCUA